GAUAAUGGUGACGGAAUGAGGUCCCUCCGUACUCGAAACGGAACUAUCAGUCACUUGUUUAGGAAAAUGAGUUCUUUUGCUGAACCUAUAGUUCAGUAUGCAUCCCCGUCUCCGGGGGAACGCGUAGCAUAUCGACAAUCUCCCGGAAAAUCUCCAGGGGUUAUCUUUUUGCCCGGGCUAAUGUCCACCAUGGAGGGUACAAAAGCUGUGGCUCUAGAACGAUACUGUAGAGAAAUCGGACACUCAUAUGUAAGAUUUGACUACAGAGGGUACGGCAUGUCGAGUGGGAAAAGUCAAGAGUGCACGAUUGGAAUGAGGAAAGAAGAUGUGAUAACAAUUCUUAAUGGCGUUGCUAAAGGUCCGCAGAUCCUUGUAGGAUCCAGCCUCGGAGGAUGGAUUUCACUUUUGCUUGCAACAUCAAAACCAGAUCAAAUAAGGGGUCUCAUUGGCAUUGCCAGUGCUGUUGACUUUAUAUCACGUCGCUAUGAAACUCUUCCUCGUGAAGUGAAAAGAGAAGUGGAGAGAACAGGAAAAUGGAUAAUACAUUCACAGCAUAGUGAGGAGCCAUAUGUGUUAGACUCAAUAGUGAUAGAGGAGGCACGUCAGCAUGUUUUACAAGAGAAUGAACUCUACCCCAUCUGUUGUCCUGUACGUUUACUCCAUGGCAUGAAAGACAGUGAUGUGCCGUAUCAGGUGUCACUUGAUCUUGUCAAUCAACUUGAAAGUGAUGAUGUUCAUUUAACACUUAUCAAAAAUGGAGGUCAUAGGCUUUCUGAUCCUCACAAUCUGCAGUUGCUAAAAAAAACUUUGGGACAUUUGAUUGAUCAAGUAAAACAAUCUGAUCAGUGCUCCCUAUAAAUAGUUGAAUAUAGUAAAUACAACUGUUUUGAGAAAGGUUGUUGGAAAAAGGGCAAAAAAGUGCAUGUGACAAUCUUGAAGGGUAAUCUGGGUGUCCAGUAGCCAGAGUGAGUUUUUAAUAAGGCAAAUAAAUAAAUGAAGUCAUUAAACCU